AUGCCCGACACGGGGACGGCAGCGGCAGGCGCUGCAGCCGCGGCGACCGCCAGUGGUGCGGCCGCGGUCGGCGACGGCCCCGAGAGCUCCCGGCACCGACACCGAGCGCAGCAGGGAGACGCGGAGAGGCCGGAGCCGGGCGCUUCCGCACCACAGACCUCCGGUGUGCUGGAUAAGUUGUUUGGAAAGCGGCUGCUGCAGGCUGGAAGACACAUCAUGUCUCAUAAGUCUUGGAUGAAAACGGUGCCCACAGAGAACUGUGAUGUCCUCAUGACUUUUGCAGACACUACAGAUGACCACACGUUGCUAUGGCUACUGAACCACAUCCGGCUGGGAAUCCCAGAGCUCAUCAUCCAAAUUCGACAUCAUAAGCACACACGGGUCUACGCGUUCUUUGUCACUGCUACAUAUGAAAAUUUGUUGCGAGGAGCUGAGGAGAUGGCACUGAGGAAAGCAGUGAAGCCCGAGUUUGGGGGAGGAACACGAAGCUUCUCCUGUGAGGAGGACUACAUCUACGAGAACAUUGAAAGCGAGUUGUGCUUCUUCACCUCACAGGAGAGGCAGAGCAUCAUUAAGUACUGGCUGGACAAUCUACGUGCCAAACACGGGGAGGUGCUUCAUAAUAUCAACUUCCUGGAGGGCCAGCCAAUUAUCCCAGAGCUGAGCGCGCGAGGUGUGAUCCAGCAGGUGUUUCCUCUCCAUGAGCAGAGGAUCCUCAGUCAGCUGAUGAAGUCCUGGGUCCAGGCUGUUUGUGAGAAACAGCCCUUAGAUGAUAUCUGUGACUACUUUGGGGUGAAGAUCGCCAUGUAUUUUGCCUGGUUGGGGUUCUACACCACCUCUAUGUUGUAUCCUGCUGUGAUCGGCUUUGUGCUGUGGAUGCUCACCGAAUCAGAUCAGACUAGCCGUGACAUCUGCUGUGUGGUGUUUGCGCUGUUCAACGUGGUGUGGGCCACUCUGUUUCUGGAGCGGUGGAAGAGGAGGGGCGCCGAGCUGGCGUACAAAUGGGGGACUCUGGACACGCCCGCUGAAUCCCUGGAGGAACCACGGCCUCAGUUCCGGGGAGUCAAGCGCUGUAGUCCCAUAACAGGAUGUGAGGAGUUCUACUAUCCUCCGUGGCGGAGGCGUGUCUUCAGGUGGCUGGUCAGCCUGCCCAUCUGUAUCCUCUGUCUCUGUUUUGUCUUCCUGGUCAUGCUCAUCUGCUUUGAGCUGCAGGAAUUUGUGAUGGGGAUCAAGGAAAUGCCCCGGCUAGCUCGCUUCAUCCCCAAAAUUAUGCUAGCUAUCACUGUGACCGCAUGUGACGAGGUGUACAGGAAAAUUGCCUGCUGGCUCAACGACAUGGAAAACUAUAGACUCCAGAGUGCCUAUGAGAAAAAUCUCAUCAUCAAAAUGGUUCUUUUUCAGUUUGUAAAUUCUUAUCUCAGCCUUUUUUACAUUGGAUUCUACCUCAAAGACAUGGAGCGCCUGAAGGAGAUGCUGGCCACUCUGCUCAUCAUACGCCAGUUCCUUCAAAAUGUGAAGGAGGUUCUGCAGCCUUACCUGUAUGAGCGCCACAAGCUGGGAGAGCUUACACUGCGAGCUGUGUGGGACCUGCUGCUCUCGGUGCUGCUAAAAUAUGCCCGACUGGCAGCUGGGAAAGCCCAGAUCUCUCCCACUGACCAGGCCAUGCCAGGACCUGGACUGAGGGGCACCAGGCCCGGGCUGGGGCAGCCAGAAAGAAGGGAGAAGAAGUGUUUAAACGGGGGAUGCGGGGUGCCUGAUGAAGACGAGCGAGGUGAGAGGGACGAGGCUGACAGUGGGAGGUUCAGUGAAGGGGAGACGGAGGAGGAAAGUCUGAUCGACUGUGGUCUGAAGCUGAGGAAAGUCAGCUUCAUAGAGAAGGUGGACAGAAGGCCAGUCUGCAGUGGGCCCCCCAUGGACAACAGUUUCCUGGAGGAGGGGAGCCCCACUAUGGUGGAAAAAGGAAUGGACCCUGCCUCUGUGUUUGAAAUGUGUGACGACGACGAUGAUAAUGGCAUCCAUGAUGUGAAGGAGUCCAGUGGGGGAGGGACAGGGGCGGCCGAGGGAGUCAAUGCUGCUGCCGUUUCUGCUGCCGCUGCCGCCGGCACCGCUCCGCUGCCCUCUGGGUCUGAGAGCAGCACGUCGCUGCGACACAGAAGAAGAGGCCGGAGCACUGAGAGACCCGAGCCUAAAAUGAAAAGGGAAUCAUGGAUGGACCCACCUGAAGAGAGAGAGAGCACCACGCUCACUCAGGCUGAGAUGGAGAGCUGCAUGCAGACUUAUGCUGACACCUUCCAGGACUACCAAGAGAUGUUUGUCCAGUUCGGAUACGUGGUGCUCUUCUCCUCAGCCUUCCCUCUGGCUGCCAUGUGCGCUCUCAUCAACAACAUCAUCGAGAUCCGCAGCGAUGCCUUUAAGCUCUGCACUGGUCUGCAGAGGCCCUUUGGACUCAGAGUGGAGAGCAUCGGCCAGUGGCAGACUGCAAUGGAAGCCAUGGGCCUGAUUGCCAUCAUAGUGAAUUGUUACCUGAUUGGUCAGUGUGGUCAGCUACAGCGUCUCUUCCCGUGGCUCAGCCCUGAGAUGGCCAUCAUCUCUAUCGUCAUCCUCGAGCACUUUGCCAUUCUCCUGAAGUACAUCAUUCAUGUGGCCAUACCUGACAUUCCUACCUGGGUCAGAGAGGAAAUGGCUAAACUGGACUAUCAGCGCAGGGAGGCCUUUAAGAAGCAUGAGCGGCAGGCACAGCAGCAUUACCAGCAGCUGCAGAGGAGGAAGAGGGAGGAGGAGGAGAGGCAGAGGCAGGCGGAGCAUAUGGCCCGCAGGGAAAGGGAGCGGGACGAAAGCAAGGGUGACUCCUCUGGGGAUCACCACCACGACAAAAGUCAUGGCAGCAAAUCACGCCCCGGGGGAGGAGGAGGAGGGGGUGGCGGGUCAGACAAACCCAAGAGGCCCAGCUCUCUGCUGGCCAACAAUAAUGUGAUGAAGCUGAAACAGAUCAUCCCACUGCAGAGCAAGUUCUCCUCAGGUGGCGCCCGCUCCCCGCAGUCGCCCACCGGCAAUGAGCCGAAGCUGCCCGGGUUCCUGAGCUUCAAAUUCCUCAAGUCACCUGAGAAUAAGAAGGAAGGUGCUGCGGUUUCAGCGGCUGCCGCUGCAGCCUCUAAUGCCACAGCAACAGCCUCCUCAUCAUCAUCAUCAUCAUCAUCAUCUUCAUCAUCAGGUAGCAGCUCUCAGGAGCGUUCUCAGUCACCCAGCAAAGCCUUCAACCCUGGGAAACUGUUUAACUUUGGGAAAUCUGAGGGAGGGACAUGUGUGAACGGGGCUCCGCUGCCCAGAUCUGGGGAAGGAUCGUCAUCACAGACAUCGGAAAGACAACCUUCCAGGUCUGACUUGAACGGCGUUCCGGACGAGAUCCCCUCGCCUGGAGGGGAAGAGUCCGAGAACGGACAUUCAACAGACUUGGACACGGCCGGCUCUAAAGUGUAG